AUGACGCUCGCACAAGUCCGCCAGGAAUAUUGGCCCCUGAAUGGCAUGUCUCUAGCAAGCUAUACUUACCGGAAUUGCAUUCGCUGUUUCCGAAGCAACCCUGUCCCUGUCCCUCAACCUCCCGGACAGCUUCCUCGUUCUCGAACACUUCCCGCUCGACCUUUUGCCACUACUGGCGUAGAUUUCUGUGGACUAAUCUACCUCAAACCCGUUCACCGCAAAGCUGCAGCGCAGAAGGCCUACAUCGCUGUUUUCGUCUGCUUCUGUACCAAAGCAGUUCACUUGGAGUUAGUGGGCGAUUUGUUGACAGCUAAAUUCAUCGCCGCUCUUCGUCGUUUCGUUGGAAAACGAGGCGUUCCUGCCGAAAUCCAAUCGGACAACGGGCUCAAUUUCAAAGGAGCUAGCAACGAACUCCGAGCGUUAUACGAUCUGCUCAAUGAUUCCUCAAGCGCAACCACCAUUAGCAACGAAGCAGCUCAGAAUGGAAUCGUGUGGAAAUUCAUUCCACCGAAAGCUCCAAACUUCGGUGGUCUUUGGGAAGCCGCCGUCAAAUCCGCUAAGUCAUCUCUGGUGAAACUUAUCGGACAACGUCGGCUGUCGUUCGAGGAUUUGACCACCGUUCUUGGUCAGGUUGAAGCGGUAAUGAAUUCUCGCCCUUUGACACCCCUUUCCGAGGACCCCGACGAAUUGGAUGUCCUGACCCCGGGUCAUUUUCUCACCGGAUCUUCGCUGUUGGCGAUUCCAGAUCUGGACUAUACAGGCGUUCCAACCAAUAGGCUCGAACACUACCAACAACUUCAACAGCUCAUCCAGCAGCACUAG